CUGUUUCAGAGCGAAACUCAACAAAAUGAAACCAGGGAAAUUUCAUCUGUUGGAAGGGGUGCAGUGGAAGAAAGAAUUCGGCCUGGUGUUACAGAUGGCAGCAAAUCGAAGCAGACUGGUGAAGUAAAAAAAGAAGGAAUUAAAGCUGAUGAAAAGUCAAGCAAAGAAGCUAUUACUGGUAUUGGUGUCUCCGGUAUCAGUGGUGCUGGUGGUAGAACUGGCGAUAGUGAUAGUCUAACCAGCGGUUCACUAAUUGUUGGGUACAAUGGUACAAAAAGCGAUAGCAGCAAAACUGGCGAUGUCAGCAGUAAAAACAGGACUAUCGGUGGUCAAAUAAGUGGGCAUGGUGGCGGAUUUAGUGGCAGCGAGGGUAAAAGCGGUGAACAAACUAGUGGUACCGCCACUGAUAAAGGAAUCAGCGCUAUUGAGAGCAAAAUCAACAUCACCGAUACUCGAACUCGUGGUGCCAGCGGCACUGGUGGUGUUAUCGUUGGUGAAGCUAGUGGCACAGGUGGUAAAAUCAGUGGUGCUGGUAGUCGAGGCAGUGGCGUCGAUCGUGGUAUGGCCGGCACCAAAAUCAGUGGUACUAAUAUUCCUGGAGGCGAAUUCCGCGAAACUGGUGGUGAAGGCGGCGGUAAAAUUAGUGAUUUCGAAAGUGCUUCAUCGGGUCGAAUUUCUGAAGGGUCAGGUCGUGUAGAUGUCUUCGAAGGCUCUGGAGAAAGCGAAACUGUUGAUGCUGAAUGGAAACUUGGCACAGGCGCUAAUCUGUCAAGUGCUGAUAAGAAACUGCCAGGUGCCAAAUCGGCAUCUUCGGAAAUGGUCGCGGUGCAUCAAGGUGCAGGAGGUGCUGCUCAAUCGAGAAUUGCAGAAGGUGUUCGAGGUGGUCCCGACACGUGGCGUCAUACUCACAAAUCGGAAACAUCCUCGAUUUCUGGGGCUGUUAGUUCAGGCACAGGUGUAUUAGGUGGUCGAGAAUUGAUGCCUGCUGGUAAAGCUAACUUUACAAGAAGUUCGAUCGGUUCUGAUUCUUGGAGCGGUUCGCGUCGUGGCUCAUUCCAAAACUGCACAGCGCAGGAUCGAUCAGUAUGCCAUGAACUUGCGGACUGCAUUCAUCCUAUUGGGCAGUGCGUCUGUAGGCCAGGUUAUCAUGGUGAUGGCUACUUCAUUUGCAUGUGA